UAUCGCAGACUAUUUUCUUUGGAUUCCAACAAAUUCGAGGGGCCUUUGCAAUUGUUACCAACAGACAUUUCUCAAUUGCAUCUUGAAAAUAACUCAUUACAAGGGAUUAUUCCACACCCCGACAUUAACAUGACAUUGGAUAUUCUUCGAGUACUAGAUCUCAGUGAUAACCACUUCAUCGGCAGCAUCCCUGAUUCGUUGUGCAGCUUACAAAUGCUUGUUGUCCUGGAUCUUUCUAACAACCAGCUCUCUGGAAGGAUCCCCUCAUGCAUUGGUAAGCUUAAAACGUUGGGUGCGCUACUUCUGGCAAACAACAAUCUCUACGGGCACAUUCCAAUUUCACUGGGACAUCUCAAUGUUCUCCAGUCUUUGCACUUGAACCGAAACAAUUUUACGGGGAUGCUCCCAUUCUCUCUCAGACAUCUGAAAAAAUUGGAGUACCUGGAUCUUGGAAAUAAUGGACUGGAAGGCAUUAUACCAUCUUGGAUUGGGGAUGAACUAUCUCGUCUGAGGAUCCUUGUGCUUGAAUCUAAUAAUUUCCACGGUGACAUUUCCGUGAGCCUCUGCAAAUUAUCAUCCCUUCAGGUUUUAAAUUUGAAAGACAACAACUUAACUGGACAUAUACCUCGCUGUUUCAACAACUUUACAGCAAUGACAGUGACAGAAUUGGACAGCAAUGACAAUAUUUAUGUCGGCAUUUAUGUCACGCCUCUAAUGACUCUGUCAGGUACCUAUAGUGAAGAACUUUCAGUUUUCAUCAAAGGACGAAUGUUGAACUACACCUCAAGCAUUGUUCCAUAUGUUAGAUUCAUGGGGCUCUCAGGAAACAAACUAAGUGGGGAAAUACCUGUCGAGUUAAUGUCUCUAGUUGGAUUGCAGGGUUUGGAUUUAUCUAGAAACCAUCUAAGUGGAAGAAUCCCAGAAAACAUUGGGAACUUGAGCCAUCUUGAGUCUCUAGAUUUAUCCAAAAAUGACCUUUCCGGUCCAAUUCCUCAAAGUUUGUCGAACUUAAAUUUUCUGAGCUGCCUGAACUUGUCGUUCAACAAGCUAACUGGUCGAAUUCCAUCCGGACGUCAACUGCGGACAUUAGACGACCCAACAACCAUUUACAUGGGAAACAGUGGACUUUGUGGUGAACCGCUGAACAAAAGCUGCCCCGAUGAAUCUGAUGGUGAAUCAAAUGCCGAAGAAUCUGAUGGUGAUCAUGAGGAUGGCAAGGAGUCUUAUUUUGAUUGGUUUUAUGCUGGUUUGGGACCUGGUUUUGCUGUUGGACUCUUGGGAUUCUUCAGUGUCCUAUGUUUCAAAAAGUCAUGGCGCUAUGCAUACUUCGGAUUUCUGGAGAGCUUGUUGAAUAAAGCUUGGGUAGAAAUUGCAUUGCUAAAAAGGAAGUUUGGUUGAUUGAUUUUACAUGCAUCAUGAAUUAUUGAAAACCAGGAUGUAUGCUUCAUCUUAUUGU